AUGGCGAUGGUGAUAUCUCAGACUACUAAGGCGGCAAUUGGAGGAUUUUUAGCUUUGAUGAUAUUGGGGGCUGUACUUGUUGUGGGGGCAGCAUUUGGAUGGUUCGAUCCAAAGAGGGAGGAUGAGGACACGCCAGCGAAAAUCAGCGCGCGUCUUCAAGGGCGAACUUCAUAUGUUACGCAUCGAGCUAUGGCACAGUUUGUUCACAUUAUAGUAAAAAUGUCCAAUGUAAGCACAGGUCAAGACAUCAUGGGUCAAAUACUCAUUGACAAGUCUAGUCGAGCUUAUCUAUCAUUAAGUAUGUCUCGAGUCGCCCAUACAUGCAAAGCCACAAAAGCGCUUUAA